AUGCGAGCAAUCGACUGGGUUGUCAGACAGUUCUUGGAAAAGCCUUCGGAUCAGAAGAAGGUCAUUAUUAAUCUGGGCUGCGGAUACGAUCCCAUUCCUUUCCAGUGGCUUGCACAAGAUAGGGAAUUAUGCACCAAUGCGAAAUUUAUCGAUGUCGAUUUCGAAGAGCUGAUGAUCAGCAAGCGAGAAAUCAUUCGUAACACUCCUCGAAUGAAAGACCUGCUGUCCAUCAAUGCCGAAGUGCCGGAAGAAAAUGGUAUCGUGUUCGAUAGCAAAGAGUACGUUGCUAUUGGGUGUGACCUGCGAAAUCCACGAAGGUUGGAACGUCUGCUCAAGGCGGUAGUUGACCUUGAUGAAUGUCUGAUCCUCUGUUUGGCCGAAGUCAGCAUCACUUACAUGGCAGCUGAAGACUCAGACGCCCUCAUCGCUUGGACAAGCACACUCUCACCAGAUGUCACAUUCUGUGUACUAGAACAGCAGUCGCCAGAUCGACCUGACAAUCCGUUCACGGCCACCAUGAUGAAGCAUUUUUCCAAGUUGGGCACUCCACUUCGUUCUGUUCUCAAGUAUCCAGGAUGCCACACUCAGACGCUGCGUUUUCAAAGCGCAGGCUUUCACAUGGUCGAGACACAGAAUCUAUGGGAAUUAUGGGCUGAUCCGAGAUUUUUAUCACCCUCACAGCGGAUAUCUCUUGACGAAGUCGAACCGUUCGACGAAUGGGAAGAAUUCGCAUUAUUCGCCUCACACUAUGCCUUUAUCAUCGCACAGACUGGAGAUGAGCCAUUAAUUCCCGAGCAACCAAGAUCUAGGCGAGCUUCCCUGGACAGUAUUGCCUCCGACAUGUCCACGAGAACUGUUUCACCCUACAGUGGUUUGACGCAGUUCUUUGCUUACAAGUACACACCAAACCCAGAGCGGGAAGGGCGCACGCACCAUGCUUCAGCUUACCGUAUUCCUGGCGAGGAUGCCAUUGGCCUGCAUGGAGGCACUGGUCUGCAGGCUAGACUGUCUAGCACAUCAGUGUAUGCGUCUAGUGAUUACAAACUACAGCCACCUUCAAUUCCGCCUGAGGACAUUGGAGCCCGGUGCUGCCAUACCAUUACGACGCUUGCAAAUGGACAGAACAUUCUCAUUGGCGGCAGAGGGUCGCCCUCAGCGCCAAUGAAGGAUUGCUGGUUGCAGACCGGGUCCAAGUGGGAAAGGAUCCAUGACCUUCCUGAACCUCGGUUUCGACAUCGCGCCGCGGCGGUAGUCCUACCUGACAAGCUGUAUGGCGUUGUCGUUUUCGGAGGCAAGACGUCGGCCACGAAGGUCGCCACCGAUUGCCUGCUUUGGGAUAAAAAGAAUGGCUGGCAGGUUCUUCGCUCUCUUCUCAAAGACCCCAUGCCCCGAUUCGGAGCAAGCUUUGUCAGACUCGGCUUCAACCAUGGCCUCCUUUUUGGAGGUAUGCGACAUGAUGGUGUUAUUUGCCAGGGUCUAUGGCGAUGGCGGUUGAACAUCAGGGACAAUAUUGUUGCUGGCAUCACUUUCAAACAGUCAAACGCUCUCGACACCUCAGCUGGCAUCUGGCCAUGGCUCUCUCGGCUCGGGGCGUCUUAUAGUGUCAUCAGGAAUGAGCUCUUAGUUAUCGGAGGAGUGGCCAGACAUGGCUGCAUACCAAAAGACUACGAGAUACUUACCAUUCUUGGAAGCUUUUCAGCAUUCGGCGAAUUCGAGAAAGAGAUGGAGUUGCGAGUUGCAUGUGUCCUGCCGCGGAUGGACCCGAACAUUCCUCGGCCCUUCUUGAUCGGACACUCCACCCAUCGUACAGCUAGUGCCGAGGACAGAGCCACACUGAUUGUCGGUGGAGGAGCAACGUGUUUCAGUUUUGGUGCCUACUGGAACCCAGGUUGCUGGCUCUUGUACUUCUUCGAAGGAGGAGACGUUACCCCAUGGGCUCUUGUCAAGCCUACGCAACAAAAGGCACUACCUGCAGGCCAGGGCGGGCUAAAGGAAGGCUCAAUGCGGCCUCUGACUCCAGUUGACUGUGUGAGUCUGUACCUAGAAAAGGACUUCAUCGACAUCCUGCAAGCCGGCGUGCCAAAAAUUCUCACUUGUAUCGAUAUUGGACCCUGUACCACCAAGUGGACUCCCGCCUAUCUCCUCUCCAAAAUUCCAGCUUCGCGGAACAUUGUCAUCCACGCUUCGCCCAACCGAACCAUGAAUUUUCAGCGCAAAGACUUUGCCUACACCACAAUGCCGUUCCACAACUUCAUCAAAAUCCUAGACGCCGACCCUCAAGCACAUAUGUAUCUACGCUCGAUAUCCAGCACAAAGCCGACACAAGUCCCAGCACUCUUUUCCGCCGAUUGGCCCGAACUCGCCGACGACUUCAUUUUGCCAUCAACCCUCGACUUCAUUCGCAGGCACAAAUUCAGCAGCCCCUUGCGUAUCAGCGCGAAUGUCAACAUGUGGCUCCAUUACGAUGUCAUGGCAAACGUCCUCUUCCAGGUCCGUGGAACCAGGAAACUCAUCCUUUUCCCUCCCGAAGACAUCAAACACCUCUCCUUUCCCGCGGGGUCGACAACUUCGACGAUUGACAUUCUUGAGCCGUCAGAUAAUCUGGAGACGGAAGCAGACAGGCUGAAACCCAUACCAAAUACACAUCCAUAUGUUGCCAUCCUCAGACCCGGCGAAGCACUAUUCAUUCCUCCGCUAUGGGCCCAUUCAGGCACACCUUUGCCCACGACCACAGCUGCACAGCCAAAGCCUUCAGAUACACCCUCGUCGCCCCUGACGCCAGCUACAACUUCGGUGUCGGGAGAUACCACGGUGGCGUCCAACGCCGCAAUGGACGCAGCAUCAUUGUCGCGCAUAAAUAUCUCCCUCAACAUCUUCUUCCGCUCUCUGUCACAAUCAAACUACGCCGCCGGCCGCGAUGUGUACGGCAACCGCGACCUGGCCGCAUACGAAGAUGGACGACGAGAUGUAGAAAAGAUUGUCCGGCGGUUCUUGGGCAGCAGCAACAGCCAAACAAAGCAUCACCACCCUUGUCCUGCUGCUUCUGUAUCAACCUCUACCAAUACCGACGCUCCAAGUGCCACCGAGGCGACAACCACUGCCGAUCAACAGCAGCAACAAGACAGACCUGAAUUGGGGCUGGCAGAGAGCAUCCCCAAAGCGCUCGCGAAAGCGUAUCUCGAAAGGCUAGCGGACGAAUUGCGCGAGCGCGCCGAAAAGCUGUGA